AUGAAUUCGAUCCUUACUCCGCAUCAUGAGAAGCACGAUGUCUCGAAGAUGGACGAGCAAAAGCCGAGGAAGAGCGAGAGUGAAGGCGGGGACGCUAUUGCCACAGUCCAGGACACCACGACCGCCUCGUUCGCCCAUUUGGACGAGAAGAAGAUCCUGAGAAAGAUGGAUAUCCGGCUCAUUCCGAUGCUGGCACUCCUCUAUCUGCUCUCGUUUCUUGACCGCGGGAAUAUCGGCAACGCCAAGAUCGAAGGGCUCCAAGAAGACUUGAACAUGACUGCCGACCAGUACAACUGGUGUCUCACUGUCUUCUUCUUCACCUACGCGGCCUUCGAGGUGCCGAGUAACCUGCUGCUCAAGAAGCUGCGCCCCAGCGUGUGGCUGCCCACCAUCAUGGUCUCCUGGGGCGUCGUCAUGACCCUGAUGGGCAUCGUGCAGAACUACCAAGGGCUACUGGCAGCCCGGGUGUUUCUCGGCGUCACCGAAGCCGGACUGUUCCCAGGGGUAGCGUACUACCUGACCAUGUGGUACUGUCGCCACGAGAUCCAGCUCCGGCAGGCGUUGUUCUUCUCGGCGGCCUCCAUCGCCGGCGCGUUCAGCGGCCUCCUGGCCUUUGCCAUUGCCAAGAUGGAGGGCAUAGGCGGCCUCGAGGGCUGGCGUUGGUUGUUCGUGCUGGAAGGCAUCCUCACUGUCCUGGUGGCUGUCGGGGCGUUCUUCACGCUGCACGACUUUCCCGAGACUGCCAAGUUCUUGACCGAGGAGGAGCGCGCGUUCGUCGUCCACAGGUUGAAGUAUCAGGGACAGGUGCAAGGAAAGGUGAAUGACCGCGUGCAAGUCGCCGAGGCCGACGAGUUCAAGUGGAGAUACGUCUGGGAUGCCUUCAAGGACUGGCAGAUCUGGGUCAACAUCUUUGUCUACUGGGGUGUUGUGUGUCCGCUGUACGGCGUCAGUCUCUUCCUGCCGACGAUCAUUCGGAACCUGAACUACACAUCGAGCACGGCGCAGCUGAUGACGAUGCCGAUCUACAUCACCGCAGCGAUCUUGGCCGUCAUUGUCGCGUAUCUCUCCGACAAGCUGGGAAAGAGAAGCCCGUUCAUCGUCGGCUUCUUGUGCAUGAUGAUUGCCGGCUUUUCAAUGUGCAUAUCAAGUUCGAACCCCAAGGUCGUCUACGGCGGCGUCUUCAUCGCUGCCUGCGGCAUCUACCCUGCCUUUCCCGGCGUCAUCAGCUGGCUCUCCAACAACCUCUCCGGUAGCUACAAACGCAGCGCGGGAAUGGCCAUUCAGAUUGGUGUUGGAAACUUGGGCGGUGCGAUGGCGUCCAACUUUUACCGGCAGAAAGACGGCCCGCGUUACGUACUGGGCCACGCGCUCGAGCUUGGGUUCAUCGCUCUCGGCAUCAUCGCGGCCUUGGUUCUCAUAUUCAGCUACAUUGGGAUCAACAAGACGCGCGAUAGAAGGAUGGCAGAAGGGGAGGAUAGACGAUAUACGGCGGAGGAGCUGUCGGAGCAGGGUGACAAGGCGCUGACGUACCGCUACAUGUGGUGA